CCGCACACAUUUUAAAAGAAUUAACUUCAUUUUCAGGGCAAGCGGCACCUAUCAUGUUUUGAAAUCUUGUCCUAAAGGGGUGUUUGCAAUGCUACGUCGUUUUUGCUUACUGAUUUUAUUUAACAUGUGACUGAAUUAGAGGCUCACAUGGUUGCGGUGGCUGCAUGAUCCGCUUUAGCUUUUUAAAGUCCGGUGGUCGGUAGCUCCCUCGGCAGCAACCAUCCAGAGCAGAGGACCGCUGAAAAACACAGCGCCUACGCGGACAAAUCAUGGCGAACAGCGGGCAGAAAGUUGUGCUAAUCACCGGCUGCUCCUCCGGCAUUGGGUUACGAAUCGCCGUCACGCUGGCCAAAGAUGAAAAGAAGCGUUACCAUGUCAUUGCCACCAUGCGGGACCUGAGGAAGAAGGACAAGCUAGUGGAGGCAGCAGGAGAUGCCUAUGGCAAGACCUUGAUGUUGCUUCCACUAGACGUGUGCAGUGACGAUUCAGUAAAGCAGUGCAUCAACAAUGUCAAAGACCGCCAUAUUGAUAUCCUCAUCAACAAUGCAGGUGUGGGCUUGCUGGGACCUGUGGAAAGCAUCAGCAUCGAGGAGAUGAAAAGAGUAUUUGAGACCAACUUCUUUGGUGUUGUUCGCAUGAUCAAAGAAGUGAUGCCUGACAUGAAGAAGAGGCGUUCAGGGCACAUCAUGGUCAUGAGCAGUGUCAUGGGUCUUCAGGGAGUGGUGUUCAAUGAUGUUUACACUGCCUCUAAGUUUGCCAUGGAAGGUUUCUGUGAGAGUAUGGCCGUGCAACUGAUGAAGUUCAAUAUCCGGUUGUCCAUGAUCGAGCCUGGCCCAGUGCACACUGAGUUUGAAACAAAGAUGAUGGAGGAUGUAGCCAAGAUGGAGUAUCCAGGAGCAGAUGCCGACACAAUUCGUUAUUUUAAAGACGUUUACCUGCCAUCAUCCAUAGAUAUAUUUGAAGCCAUGGGCCAGAUGCCAGAUGACAUAGCCAAAUGCAUCAAAAAGGUUAUUGAGUCAAACAGCCCUCGCUUCAGGAACCUCACCAACAGCCUCUACACACCAAUUGUGGCCUUAAAGUAUGCUGAUGAGACUGGUGGCCUGUCUGUCAACACCUUCUACAACCUGCUCUUCAAUUUUGGACCUCUCAUGCACAUCACCAUGAGCAUCCUCAAGUGCCUGACAUGCAGUUGCCUGCGUAGACGCACCAUCUAACCUAACUGUAGAGGGUGGACAGGUGCUCCCCCCUUACCCUUAGUUUGUUGAUCCCCACUAGUUCUUGGUAAGCUAGAGCCAGUAACUCUGGGGAGAAAAGGUGCUUCUUUAGUUCAAAGACACUAGCAUAAUAAGCUUUGCCAGAAAAUAUGCACAAUUGCACAGGUUUGUCCCAGAUACGUAGGAUGACCUCAAGUACACACACACACACACACACACACACACACACACACACACACACACACACACACACACACACACACACACACACACACACACACACACACACACACACACACGACAGAAAAACAAGCAUCACACACAUUUGAUUAUUGUACAUACUAUAAAUCUAAGGUCAUGCCUUAGUCAGAGCUAAAGUGGUUAUAUAGUGGUUAGAUGUCUAUAUUUUUGAAAUGAGAAAGGACAUGAAAUACAAUCCCCAUAUACACACAACUCUGUAACUAAGCACAAACUCAGUUACAGAGAGAAACAAUAAAAUGAUAGUGAAAGUGUAAUAAUAAUGCUAUAACUUGUAGUCUCGAGGUGACUGUUCACUCAGGCUGAUUAGACUUAUAACAUGUAUGACAGAAACAUAAAUAAUAUCUACCUUUUCUGUUUUCUGCCCUAAAGUUCAUGUUUUCCUCUGCGUAGUGUUCUCAUGGUCAUAACUGCUGUUCAAUCAGAUUUUUGUUGUUGUUGAUAAUUUGAUUGUUUUCGAUUUUUUAAGGUUUGUGAAGGGGUGGGUCAGAUAUUUAUAAUCCAGAAUCUUGAUUUAAAAAUAAACUGAAUUCUGAUUUACCCUCAAAA